AUGGAGAAUCUGAUGUACCCCGCUAAAGCUUACAACGAAAAACGGGCGAAGCGCUUUGCAAAACUGAUGACGUUUAUUCAGACUUCCAUUACCGAUGCCAAGGACAAUAUAGCCUACACCGAGAAACUUACAGCUUCUGUCGUUAAACAAAUUGAAGUAGGCCUCAAACGUGAAGGUCAGCAUAACAUUGGGGACUUGCUGAACACUCUUGACACUGCUUGGGCCAAUGAUGCGAAGGAAAAUUAUGAACAAGUUUUAGACAUUUGCAAAGACCACAGUAACUUCCUGGGGCCAGAAGUAGCAACAUCUGCGCUCAUUGCAUCUAUCACAGGGACAAUCGGGCUUUCCGGUAGAUUCUUCUGCCACCUUCAUUUUCCUUGA